AACUUGUGGAGGACCACCUGGACUUUAUGUGACAUGGUGACAUUCCAGUGAACAGAUUGAAUGCCAACAUGAGGCAGUGGUUAGUCAUUUUAGUGUCUCUGACGUUGUCCUGGAGUUUGCAUGCAACGUUAUCACAAACACAUGAAGUUGUGUGUCCCGGUACCCAAAAUGGACUGAGCUCCACAGGCUCUCAGGAAAAUCAAUACAACCUGAUCAAGGACCGCUAUGAGGGUUGUGAGAUUAUUAUGGGAAACCUGGAAAUCACACAGAUUGAGAGCAACUGGGACUUCUCUUUCCUCAAGACAAUCCGUGAGGUGACUGGCUACGUGCUCAUCGCCAUGAAUCACGUCCAGGAAAUUCCCUUGGAGCAACUGCGGGUCAUCCGAGGAAGCAGCCUUUACGAAAGGCGCUUUGCUCUCUCCAUCUUCUUCAACUAUCCCAAGGAUGGUUCGAACGGUUUACUGCAGCUGGGCUUUGCCAAUCUGACAGAGAUUAUGGAGGGAGGAGUACAGAUUAUUAAUAAUAAAUACCUGAAUUAUGGCCCGUGGAUCUACUGGCAAGAUAUAAUAAGGGACAGCAAUGCCCCUAUUGACAUCCGCUACAAUGGACAGCGAGGCUCGUGUCACAAAUCUUGUGGGGAUUACUGCUGGGGGCCUGAUGAGCUGCACUGUCAAAUCUUGACGAAGACGGUGUGCGCCCCACAGUGCAACGGUCGUUGUUUUGGGGAGAGCCCAAGGGACUGCUGCCAUAUAGAGUGUGCUGCAGGAUGCACCGGGCCUGUGGAUGCGGAUUGUUUUGCGUGUCGCCAUUUCAACGACUCUGGAGCCUGCGUCCCUCAGUGUCCACAAGCUCUCAUCUACAACAAGCAGUCUUUUCAAAUGGAGACUAAUCCAAUUGCCAAAUAUCAAUACGGAUCCAUUUGUGUCUCUCAAUGCCCCGCUCAUUUUGUAGUAGAUGGGAGUUCCUGUGUGAGCGUCUGUCCCCCAGACAAGAUGGAGGUGGAGCGAAAGGGACAGAGGCGCUGUGAGCCUUGCAGUGGUCUCUGCCCAAAAGUGUGUGAAGGCACAGGUGCAGAACACAGGCAGACUGUGGACUCCAGUAACAUUGACAGUUUCAUCAACUGCACCAAAAUCCAAGGAAGUCUUCACUUCCUGGUCACAGGGAUACUUGGCGACGACUUUAAGAAGAUCCCACCUCUUGAUGCCAAAAAGCUGGACAUUUUCCGCACUGUGAGAGAGAUAACAGAUAUUCUAAACAUCCAGUCAUGGCCCAAAGAGCUCAGUGAUUUAUCAGUCUUUUCCAGUCUCACGACCAUUCAGGGAAGGUCACUUUAUAAACGCUUUUCCCUGAUGGUGAUGCACAUACCCACCCUCACCUCGCUGGGUCUGCGCUCUCUCCAAGAGAUCAGCGAUGGCAGCGUGUACAUCGGUCAGAACGCCAAGCUGUGCUACCUCCACACUGUCAACUGGGCCAAGUUGUUCAGAGGGCGCAGAGUCCAAGUCAACAACAUCAACACCAACAGGCCGUUGGUGGAAUGUGUUGUAGAGGGGCGUGUGUGUGACUCGUUGUGCUCAGACUCCGGUUGCUGGGGCCCGGGGCCUGACCAGUGUCUCUCCUGCAAGAACUACAGCCGAAAUGGCACUUGUGUGGAGAGCUGUCAUUUUCAUACCGGAGCCCCAAGGGAAUUUGCCGGGUCUGACGGAGAGUGUGUUGCCUGCCAUUCAGAGUGUAAAGCUCAGCAUGGAAAAGUCAGCUGCCGUGGACCGGGUGCAUAUGAGUGUGUGGCAUGUGCCAACCUCCGCGAUGGUCCAUACUGCAUGUCCUCUUGCCCAGCUGGGGUGGAUGAUGGACAGAGAGGACUCAUCUUCAAAUACCCCAACAAAGAAGGUCACUGUGAACCAUGCCACCAAAAUUGCACCCAAGGAUGCUCUGGCCCAGAACUCAGUGGUUGUUUUGAGACGGUCAGACUGGCAGCCAGCAGUGGCCAGAUCACAGGCAUCGCAUUAGGUGUGCCAGCUGGCUUGAUAUUCUGCCUAGUGUUGUUUUUCCUGGGCGUGCUGUACCAUCGAGGCCUGGCCAUUCGCCGCAAGAGAGCCAUGAGGAGGUACCUCGAGAGCGGCGAGAGUUUUGAGCCACUGGGUCCCGGGGAGAAAGGAACCAAGGUUUAUGCUCACAUUCUGAAGCCAUCAGAGCUAAAAAAGCUCAAAGUCAUCGGGUCGGGGGUUUUUGGCACCGUGCACAGGGGUUUUUGGACUCCAGAAGGAGAAACGGUAAAGAUCCCUGUGGCUGUCAAGACCAUUCAGGACAGUUCGGGCCGUCAGACCUUCACUGAGAUAACCAAUCACAUGCUUUCGUUGGGCAGCCUGGACCACCCCUACAUAGUGAGGCUCCUAGGAAUUUGUCCAGGGUCCAGUCUGCAGCUGGUGACUCAGCUGAGUUCACUUGGCUCCUUAUUGGAGCACAUCAAGCAGCACAGGAACAGCCUGGGACCCCAACGCCUGCUCAACUGGUGUGUGCAGAUAGCCAAAGGGAUGUACUAUUUGGAGGAACACUGUGUGGUGCACAGGAACUUGGCUGCCCGCAACAUCCUGCUGAAAAACAACUACCAAGUUCAGAUAUCGGACUACGGUGUAGCUGAUCUCCUUUAUCCUGACGACAAGAAAUAUGUCUACACCGACAACAAGACUCCAAUCAAAUGGAUGGCUCUUGAAAGCAUCCUGUUUGGAAGAUACACCCAUCAAAGUGAUGUCUGGAGUUACGGGGUCACAGUUUGGGAGAUGAUGUCGUUCGGGGCGGAGCCUUACGGUUCCGUGCCGCCGCAGGAAGUGCCGGGCCUGUUGGAGAAAGGCGAGCGUCUGUCACAACCUUACAUCUGCACCAUAGACGUCUACAUGUUCAUGGUCAAAUGUUGGAUGAUUGAUGAAAACAUAAGGCCCACCUUCAAAGAGCUGGCAAGCGACUUCACUCGCAUGGCAAGAGAUCCACCCAGAUAUCUGGUCAUCAAGCUGGAGGGAGAAGACGACGGCUCACAAGACGUCCAUCGCAGAGAUUCCGAGCGAGGACUGCUCCACCCAGAUUUGGUCAAUGAAGAUGAGGAAGGAUUGGAGGAUGGUUUGGCAACACCUCCUCUGCAACACUCUCCAUCAUGGAGUCUCCCUCGCUCAAGGAUGAAUUCCUACAGGAGUGGUGCAUCUCUACCAGGCCCUGUUGGAUACCUUCCAAUGACUCCAAGUCCUGUAGAAAGCCUUCUCCAGUUGUGGUUCCAGAGGUCCCGUCGGAGCUCUGUGAGAACGUUACCGGAGAGGUCCGAGAUGAGGGGGAGUGGUAUGGAGGCAGAGCUGCGUGAGGAAGGCCUAAGGACUGCAGGUGCUCCUCACAGGGUUCGGCUUGGCUCUGAAAGAGGUCCUCCCCGUUUAUCCAUCAACCGACACAGGAAGCUCUCAACAGCAUCAAGUCCGUCCUCGUACAAGGUGUGGACGGCAGGAGAGGAGGAGGAAGAGGAGGUGGACCACUAUGGUUACGUCCUUCCUGGGUCACCUGGCACUCCUCAAAGAGGGCUCCCAGUUUGCAAAGUCAACCAUUCUGUGCAGAGAACCUUAAGGUUAACAAAGAUGAAUCUGCCACUUUUGGUGAAAACUACACCCAUAGAGUAUGAGGUGAUGAGCCAUACUCUCUCAACAAGGGAUGUCUCCUCACUGAAUGAUGCCCCAUUGGUGGCUCAUAGAACCUCACCGUUGCCCUCUCCAAUUGUCAAGACUCUUUUACCUGUCGAGGAUAUGUCCAAUGAAGACCUCAGCAGUCAACGGGUAAAUGAGGACUGUGGUGACAAAAUAGACUCCACUGAGAAACAUCACCUAGAGCAGAUCCAGGCUUUGGAAGACAGCGUGCAGAUCCCACAGGUAAAAGUCAGGUAUGAAUACAUGGACAUCAGACGCUCCGACUCCAAAGAGGAAGAGGAGCUGGCACAGGAGAGACAUGAAACAUCUGCAGCAGAGCCAGAAGACACCACUGAGGAAGAAGAACACCAAUUAGGAGAUGAAGACACGAAUAAACAACAAACACUUGAGGGGAAUAAACGUUUGCACAUGCCAGAUGUGGUCAAAGAUGAGGGAGAGGAGGACUAUGAGGAGAUGGCCACAUUUGAAGGGAUACCCAAUGGGUGGGAGCAGGCAGACUACCAGAAUCUCCCCGUAAAGGGAGAGGUGGUCAUGGACAGCAGCAGGUGUGCAGGGAUCGGGGGAUACAUCAAGGUGUGUGCUGGCUUAGGCGAGCCUGGCAGCAGCUCAUCGUUUGACAACCCCGACUACUGGCACAGCAGAAUGUUCCUGAAGCCAGAUGCUGUACGUACCUAAUCAUGUGGACUGGGACAUGCACCUGCUGUAACUGUAAUCACGGCGCUCUCUGUGUUGGGGAUAUUGUUGAACAUUUUUUUAAAGCAUCAAGUGAAGGGAAAGUUUCAUUUAACAGUGUUAUGAUGCAUUCAAUGAGACGAUGAGCUGGAGCACAGAAUAAGUAUGAGGCAUUUAUGUAUAUCUGCAUUUUGUACAUUUCCUUUUAGCAUGAAUAACUGAACUAUUUUGUGAGUAUAUGUCAUUUUUGUUUUACCAAUUGUCAAACAAAUGUUUACAUUA